AUGUCCGAGCAAUUCAAAACAGCGAUCUCGAGUAAAUCCGAUGCAGAAGCCAGUACAGGAGAUAAUGUCGUCUAUUCAGAUCCCGAAGCCGAGAAGCAGUACCGUAGGAAAGUGGACCUUUACGUAUUACCGCUACUAUGUUUGAUAUACUUUUUCGACUGCAUGGACCGAAGCAACCUGGCCAAUGCCAAGACCGAUGGUCUCGAUGAAGACUUGCACUUCCAGGGGAAUGACUACUCAUUUCUCGUUCUCCUCUUCUACAUCCCAUUUGGCCUCUUUGAUCUACCAUGGAAUCUUCUCAUCAAGCGCUACUCAGGCAGACUCAUGCUCUCAUUCAUGUCGGUGGUCUGGGGUAUUCUUGCCCUGUGCCAAUGUGCAGCUAAAGAUUUCGGAUCUCUCCUCGCCAUUCGGAUCAUUCUAGGUGUUUUUGAAGCUGGUUUCUUCGCCGGGGCUACUUUCUAUAUGACAACUUUCUACACUCGUGGAGAAAUGGGAUUCCGCCUUGCUAUCAUGCAAUCGUUCGCUGUCCUAGCAUCGGCUUUCAGUGGGUUGAUCUCGUUUGGUGUAUUUCAAAUCGACGACUCCGCCGUCAAGGGGUGGCAAUGGUUGUUCAUUAUUGAGGGAAGCAUGACAUUUAUCACUGGCGUCGUUGGCUUCUUCCUGCUCCCGGACUCUCCGCAAAAGGCUUGGUUCUUGAAUGAUCGGGAACGGGAAGCAGCCGUGGCUCGUAUGCUGCGAGACGCGUCGUCCGAGGUUGGGACUGGCUUUAAUCUCAAGGAGUGUUUCCGUUCGUGGAAUGACUGGAAGUUCCCUAUCUGGUGUAUUAUCACGUUCACCUAUCCCGUUGCCUAUGCGACUGCGAUGAACUUCUUCCCCUUGAUUGUCGCACGAUUGGGAUUCUCCACUGUCAAAACCAAUCUGUGGACAGUUGCACCAAAUCUUGUCGGUGCAGUCAUACUUCUAUGCGUCGCUAAAUCCUCUGAUUAUUUCCGCGAAAGAACAUUCCAUAUCGUAUUGUCCCUAACCAUCUCAAUGGUGGGGAUGAUCAUAUUGGCAGCCAUCGACGUGUUGAACAACAAGGCAGUAGCCUAUUUUGCAUGUUUCCUGAUGGCUGCAGGCGCUUAUAUUCCUUCGUGUCUGGUACAUGCUUGGCACAACAAUAAUAAUGUGCAUGAGAACUCGCGCGCGGCUAAUACUGGUUUCUUCGUUGGCCUCGGUAACUUGGCCGGAGUUUUAAGCGCAGCCACCUUUCGAACUGAAUAUGCACCUAAGUGA